ACAAUACUAGAAAUGGGUCGAACAGAGGCGUUUAUUAGAUUUCGAGAUGAUGUUAUAAAGGUGGAGAAAGUAAAAGCAAGCCGGAGCUCGUGAGAGCUUAAACCGGAAAAGUACAAAUAGCAGAGAGAUGAUUGUACGGAUGAUAAACCCUAAUCUCGCCGCUAAGUUUGUGUAGCUAAGUGUCGAUGCCUUUCUCCUUUACUUUCCUCUCCUUUUAUACUCUGUUCAAUUACCUUAACCUAAUCUCCUUUUACCGAUUGGGCCUUGUCGGCCCUUCGGGCCUGAUUAGGAGGUGAUCGCUCUGAGCCGCUUAGUCGAUUGGUCCCGCUUCGUUUGCUCUCCGCUUCGACUAACAGCAUUUCCUGGCUAAGCCGAUACCCCGAGAAUCGGCUUCCGAGCCGAGGUUGACUCGAUCUGCUGGAUUGGGCCCUUUGUUCGAUGGGCUUUGUGGAUGGGUUAAAUCCAUCCCCAACAGUAAGUCCCCCCCCCCCCAGUUCAUUGAUGGUCGAGCAAUCGAUCUUCGAUGAAUUUGGUAUCUUUAGUUCGGAGAACAAAAGGUUCAAUCCGAGCAAGUGACUGAUCGUUGAGGAGUCAAUCCGUUUAAUCAACGCUUCUCAACCGAGGAAAUGGAUUGACGCAUCUGUUUAUCACGCGUUGCGAUCGUGAGAUAAACGCUUACGGAUCGAGAAGACGGAUCGACGCAUCUGUCGAUCACGCGCCUAAUUGGGUUUAGGCCCACUUAGGCCUUAUUAGGCGUAAUGAUGACGCCUUGAUCCCUGCGCUUAUCUCUCCCUAUAAAUAGCGCACCCCUCUCCACUUCUUUUCAUUUUUCUCCGCAGCGCUAAAGGUACUUUCUCUCUCUACGCUCCUUCUCUCUCUUUAUCUCUGUUUUUAGAUCUGCGAUUAUCCGAGAUGUCGUCGCAUCGUUUGACGCGAGAACAAAAAGGAAAGGGGGCGGUAUCUUCUCGGGAUUCUGCUGAGAAUCCUGACAGUAUCCAUCACGGAGCAAUGAUGGAUACGGAGAAUAUGGACUUAGCGCAGCGUCUUUUGGUCUCGGAAGCAAGAGAACAGUUCCGGGGUGACGACGACGGUCAAGAAGCGGUCGACGCCUCGAUUGUUCCGAUCAGCUACUACCCCGGGAACAUCUUCGCCGAGGAGAGCCCACUGGAGGUUUGGAGAAUUCGACCUUCGGUCGUCGAUGGACAAGAUUGGUCCAACGUCGAGAGGACGAAGUCCACCGUGGAGUCGGUGGAGGCUAUCCUCCGAGAUCUCAAUGCACACGGGGUCUCGUUCAUCAUUCCAAAGCGGGAUCAGAGGCCUUGGUCACCCCCGAAGGGGUAUCAGUGCAUUUACGAGUCAUAUUUCCGGAACGACACGAAGCUGUGGUUCCCGAUUCCUCGAAUCGUCACGACUUAUGCGUUCCGCAGAGGAGUUGCUUUAAGCCAGCUGAUGAAUGGGUCUCUUCGGUUGAUGGUGGUUCUAUCGGUAAUUGCGGCCGAGGCGGGGACGUCGAUGAGUGUGAGGUCGUUUGAAGAGUUGACCUCGGUUUCAAUUUCCGAUGAUGGGCUCGUCUCGACGAGGAUGCGCCCAAACUACAACGUGGUCACGGGGUACCCGACCAAAACCUCGGAUUGGCAACGUUCGUACUUCUAUGUGAAGUCGAACAGGUCAGCGUUCGAGGAACCUCCGAAGUCUGGUUAUCGCGUUCUUUGGAAUGCGGAGAUGGAUACUGCACACUGCCUUUCGUGAUGAUUGUAGCGUGUGCUCGUCUAACGUGUGUCUUUCUUCUCUUUUUUUUUAGUUGGUCACCCGAAUCUCGCCACGUACCCCGAGGAUUGGAGGGAGAGUGCUCGAAUUGUUGCGUUGCAGAAGCAAGAUCACGGGGAGGAUUUUACUCGGGAGAGAAUUCAGAGAUCUGUAGACCGGAUUGCCAACCAAAGCUGGAUCUCGGACCCGUAUCCUCAUAUUAACCAAUCGACAUCGAAGAGAUUAUCCCUCUUUACGAGAGCCGAGCAGAAGGAGAUCAACCGAGCUAAAACGAUGAAGCAACUACCAGACCUUAGUCUUAUUGUAGCCGGGAAGAUCGGUGCCAAGCGAGGCGCUUCUGAGAGCAGGGUUGGUCCUUCGGGACUGAAGGUCGUAGAGGCGACUCCAAUUGCCACUGAGCAGGCGCGUACUGGCGGCUCCUCGCAGGGUAAAAGCUCGAAGAAGAGCAAGAAAAGUGCCGGGGGUCCGAAGGAUUCCUCCGAGCCGGAACAUCCUGGUGCGGAUGGUUCUUCUAAGAAGGGGGGGGGAAAA